GGCGGGGCUGCGGGCACCGGCGGGACAGUUCCGCCCUCCGCUCCCCGGCUUCUUUGGGACCGUUACCCUCGAAUGAGGAAUAAGCCAGGAGGGAAGGAAGGGGCUGCAGCGGCUCCGGCACAGCCCGCAGGACCGGGGUCCGGGAGCGGCGAGGUCACGUAACUGCUACUCCGGUGUCUCGUCAGGGAGGGGGCGCACUCUCGCAGCCUAAGCCCUCCUGGACGCCCUGCGGCUCCGAAACAGUUACCGGCUUGUAAACAACAGCUGCGCGCGCACCCCACAUCAGCUGGCGUCGGGAUCCCGCGCCGGCGACCUCCUCCUCCCCUCAUUGCCGCCCCCUCCUGCGUAGCCAGGUUCAGCUUGUGAGGCCGUCUCCUCUUCUGGGAAAACGGCGAGGGGCUGACCUGCGCCAGGGACCUGGUAGGGGAGAAGGCGUCUCUCGGCGAAGGGGUAAUCCGUCCUGUCACACGCAGGAGAAACCCCGGACCGUGAGCUCGAUGGACUAGCAACGACCUGCCACGACCCUUAGCUGCAGUCAGCGGUGUCUUGAUCUGCUCGCCGCUCUUCUCAGAUCCCAGGGACCUUUCUGCGAAAAGAGCGGGCGGGCCACCCCCCACCCCGCAGACCUCUGGGAGGCAUAAAUCUGCUCUGCCCCAUCAUCCUCCUCUGCUUACCCUUCUCUCCUCAUUCUCCUCUGCCCUAGUGUGGGAUAUUUUUCCCGUUAUGCAUGCGCACCUCUCCCACCAGACCCAAGUGGAUUAUCGGCCUCAAAAACCUCGGGUGGCUCUACACACACCUCCUCCCAGCGAGACCUGUGGGGUAUUCACCUGAUAUACAACAGGUGGCCGGUGUACACCGUUUUUGCAAUCUCUGCUCUAUUUGCAUAAUAAGGGUGGGCCAGUGCGCACUUUGCUCAACUAAAAAACCGUGGGACAUUUACCAAAUAAAGGACUAACUACCUCUGCCGAAACCUGGGGGCAAAGGGGAGAAAGGCUUCACCUUCUCUAAGAUCAUGGCACUGAGCCCGCAGCUCUGGACCAGGAGACAUAGCUAGAUAGCUAUUCAUUCUGAAGGAACAAAGUUACAUGAGAUUGGCAUCGUUUUGUCUUUUUUAAAAAAAUAUUUUUCAGCUACUGGUAGUGCACUUUCUAGGACAGUCUGCUUGAAUUCUGAGUAUAAAGAUUCUUAUUUGGGGCUCUUUGUGUGGUAUAAAUCAAGGUAAUUGAUUUUUUUUUUAAGUUUUCUAUUUUUGCGAUCAAAAGCAGCUGGCGUAGGAGGAAGGAUUUUGCUGGUUUUUCCUUUUUUUCUUUGCCCUUAUAAAGGAAAAGAAAAAUGCAUCCUCCAGAAACCACCACCAAGAUGGCUUCGGUUCGAUUCAUGGUAACACCAACAAAGAUAGAUGAUAUUCCAGGUUUGUCAGACACCAGCCCAGACCUCAGCUCUCGAUCCAGUUCCCGAGUAAGAUUUAGCUCCCGGGAGAGUGUGCCUGAAACGAGCCGUAGUGAGCCUAUGAGUGAGAUGUCUGGAGCCACCACUUCACUGGCAACUGUGGCAUUGGAUCCGGCCAGUGACCGGACUUCUAACCCCCCGGAUGUUACUGAGGAUGAUGGCCAUAAGAAAGCUCGAAAUGCUUAUCUCAGUAAUUCCAAUUAUGAAGAAGGAGACGAGUAUUUCGAUAAAAACUUGGCACUCUUUGAGGAGGAAAUGGACACCAGACCAAAGGUGUCUUCUCUCCUCAACCGCAUGGCUAAUUACACUAACCUGACUCAAGGAGCAAAGGAACAUGAAGAGGCAGAGAACAUCACUGAAGGGAAAAAGAAGCCCACCAAGACCCCCCAAAUGGGUACCUUCAUGGGUGUCUACCUCCCAUGUCUACAAAAUAUUUUUGGAGUGAUCCUGUUUCUACGACUUACGUGGGUAGUGGGCACAGCUGGAGUUCUUCAGGCCUUUGCAAUUGUCCUUAUCUGCUGCUGCUGCACAAUGUUGACUGCUAUCUCCAUGAGUGCCAUUGCAACCAACGGAGUGGUGCCAGCUGGGGGCUCAUAUUUUAUGAUUUCCCGGGCACUGGGCCCAGAGUUUGGUGGAGCGGUUGGCCUCUGCUUUUACCUUGGUACCACAUUUGCAGCAGCCAUGUAUAUCCUUGGUGCCAUUGAAAUUUUCCUGGUAUAUAUUGUCCCACGGGCUGCCAUCUUUCGUAGUGAUGAUGCACUCAAGGAAUCAGCAGCCAUGCUAAAUAACAUGCGUGUCUACGGCACAGCUUUCUUGGUCCUCCUGGUAUUGGUGGUAUUCAUUGGCGUACGCUACGUGAACAAGUUUGCCUCACUUUUUCUGGCCUGUGUCAUUGUGUCCAUCUUGGCCAUCUAUGCUGGAGCCAUCAAGUCAUCUUUUGCCCCUCCUCACUUCCCGGUCUGCAUGCUGGGUAACCGCACCCUUUCAUCAAGACACAUUGACAUUUGCUCAAAGACCAAGGAAAUGAACAACGUGACAGUACCGUCAAAGUUAUGGGGCUUCUUCUGUAACUCAAGUCAAUUUUUCAAUGCCACCUGUGACGAAUACUUUGUUCACAAUAAUGUCACAUCAAUCCAGGGCAUUCCUGGAUUGGCUAGUGGUGUCAUCACAGAGAAUCUUUGGAGUAAUUAUCUACCGAAGGGAGAGAUCAUUGAAAAGCCCUCAGCCAAAUCUUCUGAUGUCUUAGGCAGCUUAAACCACGAGUAUGUCCUUGUUGACAUUACCACCUCCUUUACUCUUCUGGUGGGGAUCUUCUUUCCCUCUGUCACAGGCAUCAUGGCUGGAUCAAACAGGUCUGGAGAUCUGAAAGAUGCUCAAAAGUCUAUUCCCAUUGGCACUAUCCUCGCCAUCCUGACCACCUCCUUUGUCUAUUUAAGCAAUGUUGUCCUUUUUGGUGCAUGUAUUGAAGGCGUUGUUCUCAGAGACAAGUUUGGGGAUGCUGUGAAAGGUAAUCUGGUGGUAGGUACCUUAUCUUGGCCAUCCCCAUGGGUGAUCGUUAUUGGCUCCUUCUUCUCAACAUGUGGGGCUGGACUUCAGAGUCUCACAGGUGCACCGCGGCUGCUACAGGCUAUAGCAAAGGAUAACAUCAUACCCUUUCUGAGGGUUUUUGGUCACAGCAAAGCCAAUGGGGAACCUACCUGGGCUUUACUUCUGACUGCUGCCAUUGCAGAGCUGGGAAUCCUUAUCGCCUCUCUGGAUCUUGUAGCCCCAAUUCUUUCCAUGUUUUUUCUCAUGUGUUACCUCUUUGUGAAUUUGGCAUGUGCCUUGCAAACAUUACUUAGAACACCCAACUGGAGACCCCGGUUCCGCUACUAUCACUGGGCCCUUUCUUUCAUGGGAAUGAGUAUCUGUCUGGCUUUGAUGUUCAUUUCUUCCUGGUAUUAUGCCAUCGUAGCUAUGGUAAUAGCUGGUAUGAUCUACAAGUACAUUGAAUACCAAGGAGCUGAGAAGGAGUGGGGCGAUGGUAUCCGUGGGCUGUCCCUCAGCGCAGCUCGGUUUGCUUUGCUUCGCCUGGAGGAAGGACCUCCACACACUAAAAACUGGAGGCCUCAGUUGCUCGUAUUGCUGAAACUAGAUGAAGACUUACAUGUCAAGCAUCCUCGCCUCCUCACCUUUGCUUCACAGCUUAAAGCAGGAAAGGGUCUCACUAUCGUGGGGUCUGUAAUUGUGGGGAACUUCCUGGAAAACUAUGGUGAAGCUUUAGCUGCUGAACAGACCAUAAAGAACCUAAUGGAGGUAGAAAAAGUGAAAGGAUUCUGCCAGCUAGUGGUGGCCGCCAAGCUGAAAGAGGGCAUUUCCCACCUCAUCCAGUCAUGUGGCCUUGGUGGCAUGAAGCACAACACGGUGGUGAUGGGGUGGCCUAAUGGCUGGCGCCAAAGUGAAGAUGCUCGAGCUUGGAAGACUUUUAUUGGCACAGUUCGAGUGACAACCGCUGCCCAUUUGGCCCUGCUAGUGGCUAAAAAUAUCUCAUUCUUUCCCAGCAACGCGGAGCAGUUUUCUGAGGGCAACAUCGAUGUGUGGUGGAUUGUGCACGACGGGGGCAUGCUGAUGCUCUUACCGUUCCUGCUGAAGCAGCACAAGGUGUGGCGAAAAUGCAGCAUACGUAUCUUCACAGUAGCCCAACUAGAGGACAAUAGUAUUCAGAUGAAGAAGGACCUGGCCACCUUCCUGUAUCACCUGCGCAUUGAGGCAGAGGUGGAAGUGGUAGAGAUGCAUGACAGUGACAUAUCAGCUUAUACUUAUGAACGCACUCUGAUGAUGGAGCAAAGGUCCCAGAUGCUCCGGCACAUGCGACUGUCCAAGACAGAGCGGGACAGAGAGGCACAGUUGGUAAAAGACCGGAAUUCAAUGCUACGAUUGACCAGCAUUGGCUCUGAUGAGGAUGAAGAGACAGAAACCUAUCAGGAGAAGGUACACAUGACCUGGACAAAAGACAAGUACAUGGCAUCCCGGGGGCAAAAGGCCAAGUCAAUGGAAGGAUUCCAGGACCUGCUUAACAUGCGUCCGGACCAGUCCAAUGUGAGGCGGAUGCAUACAGCAGUGAAGCUCAAUGAAGUAAUAGUUAAUAAGUCUCAUGAAGCAAAGCUGGUUUUGUUGAAUAUGCCAGGGCCACCCCGAAACCCUGAGGGUGAUGAAAACUACAUGGAGUUCCUGGAGGUGCUCACUGAGGGACUAGAGCGAGUCCUUCUUGUCCGAGGUGGUGGCAGUGAAGUGAUUACCAUUUAUUCAUAAUCUACUCCUGAAUGACUCUGCUUGGCUUCAUCUCUCCUAAGGGGCUUCCAUCCUCCAUGGAAGUGCCAGCUCUUUACUAUCAUACCAACCAACUAGAGGCCUGUGUUCUCCACACGUCACCUAAAUGAACUCUUGAUGAGCUGAACCUCAAGAACUUGUGCAACAAAGUAAAAAUAGUUCUGCUCUUUGCUCCCAUUUGAUCUGCUGUCCUUACAGACGAAUCAAAUAUUCCCUCAACAUUAGAAAACUGGUCAAGUCCUAAAGCCAUGUUUAUACCAGUUGAAGGCAAGUUAGAAUUAACAAGUUAAACCAGUAAAAUGAAUUGGCAGAAAGGAUACUAGAAAUUCAACUAAAGACAAAAAGCAGUAAGCCAGUAUCAAAGAUGAGUCUCAUUAAGUCAUGGUUCCUUGAUAACACCAUGAAGGUAACAGAGAAAUACUAAGGAAUUCAUGGUCAAGUAUAUGGAGACCUAACAUCCUGGCCAGGAUAACCGAUAGCAAACCGAGAUGAAAACUUUUUUGUGCUAAUUGUCUUGAGUGUAUCCACUGUUCCCCAGGAUUCUAAUUUUAUAUUAGGGUACUAAUGUACAAAAACUGAAACAUGGCUGCAGCUUCUACUACGUCUCCAAAACAAGUUUUUCUCCCAAAUGCCAGGUUUAAGUACACAUAUUGGGUUGUUGUGUAUUUCAAAUGUUUGUUUCUCAAAGCCCUCUCUCUGUGAUUGAUUGUAAUACAGGCAGUGUUACCAUGGAAAUUGUUUUUAAACAGUGGAGUAAAAAUUAUUUCAGGUUCUUUUCAAAUGGCCAAACUAAGGAAAUUCUAAAGAUAGCUAUUAAGAUUUACUGAAAUAUAAUCAGGUUGCUAUGUGACAAGGGUAAAACAUACAAGCUGUUAUCUAAGAAAUAUAGAUGGUGAUGCACACUGACCAAUAGGUUCACCUUUGCUUCUCCCUUUUUACACUCUCUGGGUUAAUAGGCACAGGUCAAAAAUCAUAGGAACAAACCCUAAGAAGACUGGCUAAAAUUCUUCUCCAAAAUGUUUGUUUCAAAGGGGAAAUCCAGCAAUGGAACUAGAAAUUCCUGAGCCAUAUUCCUUCCAUAGUGCCAAAGUUACUGAGAUGCUGCUACUCUGCUUACCUGCUUCACUGAAGUGGCAUACAGUUGGCAUUGGCCUAGCUCAAACUUCUUUCACUACGAAUCCUGUGGAAUCAUUUCUAAAGCCAUAGUGAAGACUUGAGGCACUCACCUAAAUGCCCAGAGAUGCACAUAUUCAAUUUUAUUCUUUAUUCUGAACGCAGAAACUUGGCUCUAAACCAAGAGAUUGUCCAAGCCAAUAAAUAGUCUGCUAUUCCAGUUUUGUUUCAGAUGCUUAUAGAGUGUUACAGAAAUACAUACGCAAGCUUAGCUUUUUAUUUGCUAAUUUACUGAGCACAAUACACCUGACUUUCGAGCAUAGGGAAAUUACCCUGUGUCUAAGUGGUAAUUUCGAAUAUAUGAGGUCAUUUCUUUUAUGGGGUAGGUUAUUUAGAUAAACUAUUGCCUGUAUUUAUGGCUGCUUUUGAAUUUCACUUUAUAGACCAGUAGUGCCAUUUUUUGAUUACAGAAUAGGAUAUGAAGCUUUUGAUUACCCAAUAGGAUAUGGAACAAGCUGACCUAGGUGCCAGCAGACUGUUCAUUUGACCCUUAGAGGAGAAAACCCUUCAAUAUGGCUUAAGAAAUUUGUUUGUUCCUUUUGCUUUUUUUUUUCAAUCUCCAGGCCCAGUCAGGAUAACAAAGCAGACAGAACCUUGCGUCUUUUAUUCUGCUCCUUCCUGCAGAGGGUAAAAGCAUUGUUCACAACUUCCAUUGCAACACUCCAUUGCUUAGUUGAGGACAGGUUCCCCAGGACCCAAAAUAUUGAAGAUCCAUGCUCUAAAGGUCAGCCUGCCUGGAAUUCCUCUACAUUUACACAGACCCUCUGGCCUAAGCAGUAUAUUUAUAUAUAUAUUUUUUCAUAUAUAAAAAGUAUGGGCAGAAGUUGGUUAGUUUUAAGUUUUUUGUAGUUGAAGCUCUGUAAGAUCUUUUAAAGGGAUAAGGGAAUUAGUGGCUACUAAUAAUAGUCCCUACUUCAGCCCCUAAAACAAAAUCACUGUUACAUGUGAAAAUGGUUAUUAGGCCAGAUUUAAACUCUUCUCUCUCUAGAGCAUUUCAUGUCUUUCUGUUGCUUAUGUUGUUUGUCUGCAAAGUGUCUUGUCUCUUUUAAUCACUGCAAAUAAAGCAAUACUGAAAAGAUGCACCUUAGGGGAAGGGGUUUUGUGUUUCAAGAAGGAAGAGAAAGAAAAGACUUCCUCCUGCCUUUUGAAUAAGAUCCAGCUUUUAAGUCUUAGCUAUGACUUUACCAGGGCAGGUUAUAUGAUAACAUACAUUUUCCAAUUGCUGGCCCUCUGCCUUCUAUAGCUAUCUUAAAAGCUGAAGUUUGAAAUGUAGCAUCUGCUUGUUGGGUACCAGUUUCCUCUUGGCAGGGGAAAGAAGACCACUUUGUAUCUUCCAUUGCCUCAGAUUCCUGUGGCUCCGAUUCCUCCAAUCCUCAUUCCCCCUAAACGUGUUAAAAAUCCAUUAUUGUGGAUAUUAAAGUAGCAAUUACACUGUAAGUCUAUUUAUCUGCUCUUUUUGUCUGAUUUUU